AUGUCGCGCGCUAUUCAACGUCUUAUGAAAGAUUAUCGUAAGGCGGAAAAGUUGGUAGGACGUUCAUCAAAUGAACCAUUUGCUGAUUUUGCUAAUGCAGCUUCAUUUACAACACAAACAUACGCACAAACAAUGGCACAAAUAAGACGUGAUCCAGAAUUAACUCAAGAUGAAAAAAAAUAUCUUGUGGCAGUUGAACGUGGUGAUAUGGCGACAACUCGUCGCUAUCUUGAUAUCGCCUCUCGACAAUCAACAGUUUUACUUGAUGAUGACAUAUCAUAUACACCAAUCAAUAUUAAUUGUCUUGAUCCAUUAGGACGAAGUGCACUUUCAAUAGCAAUUGAAUAUGAAAAUAUUGAAAUGAUUGAAUUAUUACUUAGUUAUGAUGUUGAUACGGGUGAAGCAUUACUAUUUGCAAUUGAUGAACAAUUCGUUGAGGCUGUGGAAUUACUUCUUCAACAUGACGACCUAAAACAACAACAACAACAACAACAAACGCAACCGAGGAACACUAUCAGCGAAGAUAAUACUAGAUAUUCAAAUAAUACGGGUAUAAGUGAUAAAUCGAAUCCAUUAUUCACUUUGGCUCAAGAUGAAUUAGAAAAAGAGAAAAAAGAACAACCACCAACACAUGAUGUUUCUCAGAAGAAUCCGAAAUCUAAAUGGGCAUUUCUACUACAGGCAGUACGAAAAAAAGAGCAGCAGCAAUCGGUAUCUGAACAACUUAAUUUGAGUACAUCUCGUUCCUAUACGCCUGAUAUUACACCUGUUAUAUUGGCUGCACAUCGAGACAAUUAUGAAAUACUUAAAAUUCUACUUGAACGAGGAGAAAAAGUAACUGAACCUCAUGAUGUUCGUUGUGAUUGUGAAAAAUGUCUUGUGUAUAAUAAAGAAGAUAGUUUAAGACAUUCACGAUCACGUAUAAAUGCAUAUAAAGCAUUAUCAUCACCAUGUUAUAUAUCAUUAUCAAGUCGUGAUCCAAUAAUGACCGCAUUUGAUUUAAAUCGUGAAUUAAAACGUUUAUCACGUAUUGAAAAUGAAUUUAAACAAGAAUAUGAACAAUUAGCACAACAAUGUCAAGAAUAUAGUGCAGCUUUAUUAGCUGAAACACGCUCAUCAAAAGAAUUAGAAAUUAUUUUAAAUUAUGAUGCAGAUAAUCCACCGGUGGUAUCAGAAACAACUGAAAAAAUGCAUCUAUCAAGAUUAAAAUUAGCUAUACGUUAUAAACAAAAAAAAUUUGUUUCACAUUCACAUUGCCAACAAUUACUUGCAUCUCUAUGGUAUGAAGGUUUACCGGGUUUUCGACGUCGUCAUUCAGCAAUUAAAAUAUUAAUUACAUCCCUUGUUGGUUUACUUUUUCCAGUAUUAUCAAUUGCUUAUCUAUUAUCGCCACGUAGUAGUAUCGGUCGUAUUAUGCGGCAACCAUUCAUUAAAUUUAUUUGUCAUUCAAUUUCAUAUAUUUUCUUUCUAAUUUUAUUAUUUGUUGUUUCAUUACGUAUUGAUUUUGGUAAAGUAUUAUCUGGUAUUGAAGAUGAAAUCAAUGAAAGACGCGGUCCACCACCUAAUCCAGUUGAAAUAGCUAUUAUGUUUUAUGUUGCUGGAUUUAUUUGGGCAGAAAUCAAACAACUUUAUCAAGAAGGAUUGCAUCAAUAUAUGGCGGAUACAUGGAAUUUGUUAGAUUGGAUUACUAAUUGUCUUUAUUUAGCUACGAUAGUUCUUCGAGUAAUGGCGUUUAUCAAAGUAAAUCGAGAAGAACGUGAUCUUCAAGGUAGAUUAAAUAGUAAUAAUGGUUCAUCAAAUGUACAUGAUAUACGUCCUUCUAAUAAUUUAUCAUCGGAAGCACUUAGUUAUUCAACUGGUCAUAAUGUACGACGACGAGAUUGGAAUGCAUGGGAUCCAACAUUAAUAUCCGAAGGAAUAUUUGCUGCAGCGAACAUAUUUAGUUCAUUAAAACUUGUUUAUAUAUUCACAAUAAAUUCACAUUUAGGACCAUUACAAAUAUCUUUAGGACGUAUGGUAACUGAUAUAUUAAAAUUUAGUGUACUUAUAUUACUUGUUGCAUUUGCAUUUGCAUGUGGUCUUAAUCAAUUAUUUUGGUAUUAUGCACGAAUGAAAAAAACUGAAUGUGAACAAGAUACAACUCCUGAUGAAUAUUGUUUAAAAGAAAUUCAUAAACAUUUUUCGAAUCUUUUUGAAUCAUUACAAACAUUAUUUUGGGGUACAUUUGGUUUAAUUGAUUUACAAACUUUUAAUAUAUAUAAAAAACAUACAUUUACUAUGUUUAUUGGUUUACUUAUGUAUGGUGUUUAUUCAUCUAUAAUGAUUAUUGUUCUACUUAAUAUGCUUAUUGCUAUGAUGAGUAAUUCUUAUCAAUAUAUAGCUAAUUCAACUGAAACAGAAUGGAAAUUUGCACGUGCAAAACUUUGGAUAAGUUAUUUUGAAGAAGGUGGUACUUUACCACCACCAUUUAAUAUUGUUCCAAGUCCAAAAUCAAUUUAUUAUGGUUGUUCAUAUGUUUAUCGUCGAGCAUUUGGUUGUUCAAAAGCACAAUUAAGAAAUCGAUGGCAAAGUAUUAAGAAAUUACUUAGUAAAAUCAAUGAACGGGAAUUAAAAUAUCAAACUGUUAUACGUGAAUUAGUGAAACGAUAUAUAAUGAAACGUCAACAAAAAGAUCAAACUGAAGGUGUAACAGAAGAUGAUUUAAAUGAAAUCAAACAAGAUAUAUCCGCAUUUCGUUUUGAGUUAUUAGAAAUUUUAAGUACAAAUGGUUUAAAAGUUCAAUCAAUGAAGAAAAAUCCAGAUACAGGCAAAUUUGAACCUAUAGAGGAAACAAUAAGAUCUGCACGUGUUGGUCGUAAACGUGGUAAAAUGAAUCUAGAAAAAACAAUUAAUAAAAAUAUGUUCGAUGUAUCACAAUCAAUUCGUGAUACAAAUCCAUUACCAACAACUGAUCUACUUAAAAAUGAACAAUAUGAUGGAUCAUCACCACCAACAUCAUCGCUAUUAUCAAAUCCAAAACAAAAAUUAACAGCCCAAUUUAAACGUGCUAUUACAAUGAUUAAACAACGAAGUGAACCAACACAUGAAAAUCCUCUGGGACAAAAUCCAACAUCAUUAUUAGAUAAAACAACUCAUUCAUUAGAUCCAACUCUAUUAACGAGUCUGAUUGAAGAACCAAUUGCUGAGGAGCAACAUCUUUCACCGACAGAAACAUCACCAUCUCGAUCCCAAUCCUUUAUUCAUAUUGAAUCACCAAAAGUACAUUCAUUAUCAAAUUAUGAUCAAGAUAUAAAUACAAUGACAGGUGCAACUGUUAUUAAUAUCGAAUCAACUAUAUCAAUAAAAAAAGAAAAUGGAAAUUUUUUAGCUAAUCGUAGAAAACAAAGUAUACAACAAACUCAAUCAUCAACACCACAUACAUCAUCAUCACCAUCAUCAUCGGUAACAAUGAGUUCAACACCAUCAUCAUCAACAGCAACUACAGGAUAUCUUGGAUUGUUACGUAUGGGUCGUGCACCAAUGGCUUCUCCUGAUCCACUUUCCUUAACUUCGGACGAAAGUUGUCAGACUCCUGAUCUCGAACUCCUAUAA